AUAGACACUCUUUCUCUCUCUCUCUCACUUAUAAAUACCAUCCCCACAGCUUAAACUUCUUUUACAAGUACCCCAUUUUAUUGUUCCUAAUUCCUCUUUUCUCUCUUUAUAUAUAUAUUUAUAUAAUCAUAUACAUACAUAUAUCUUCUUCUUCUUUGUAUAUCUUAAUUUGAGAUCAUUUUCCCUUCUCUUUCAUCUCCUACUCAAUUCUUAUUCUCUCUAAAUACUUUGUUCUCUGUUACAUAGUAUAUAUAUACAUAUAUAUAUAUAAUGGGAGAUAAUAACAAUGUAAAUUUGCCUCCUGGCUUUCGUUUUUAUCCAACUGAUGAAGAGCUUGUAGUCCACUUCCUUCAUCGUAAGGUCUCCCUCUUACCUUGCCAUCCCGAUGUCAUUCCCGAUCUCGAACUCUAUCCUUAUGAUCCAUGGGAACUCGAUGGUAAAGCUUUGGGUGAGGACAACAAGUGGUACUUUUACAGCAGAAAGACUCAAAAUAGGGUUACGAGAAAUGGGUAUUGGAAGGCUUUAGGGAUAGAGGAAGCAGUGAGUGGCAACAAUAAUACUAAGAAAGUUGGUACUAAAAAGUACUUUGUGUUCUACGUUGGGGAGGCUCAUAAUCAUAAUUCUGGUGCAGCCAUCAAAACUAAUUGGAUAAUGCACGAGUUUCACCUCUCUGAUUCUGCCUCUACUUCUAGUUCCAGUAGUAGUUCUUCCACUAGAUCCUCCAAAAGAAGAUCAUCUAACAAAAUAGUUAGAUUGUAGCAAAUGGGUACUUUGUCGAGUCUAUGAACGUGACGAUGAUGAUGACGGAACAGAGCUUUCAUGCUUGGAUGAAGUUUUCUUAUCACUGGAUGAUCUUGAUGAAAUAAGCUUGCCAAAUUAGGUAGUUUAGCAAUGUGAGAAAGAGAAGAAGAAAAAAUUAAUUAAGAACGAUCGAUGACGAAUGAAGAUCCAAAUGAAGGGUCUACCAACAAAAAAGUUUAGUUUUAUAAACCUAUAUGUAGCAUGGCAUUAUUGUUUUUUUUUAUAUAUAUAUAUAGCUAGUAAGAUGUGUUAUAACUAGCUAGCUUUAUGAGCACCUUAAGUGGGUGGACAUUAUGUAUAAUGUACCUUUGAGCUUUUGAGAAAGAAAAAUACAAAAGAAAACACUUGUGGGCACCAA